AUGGUCAGGCGGCUGAUAAAGAAGGCUGGCAGCUUCUUUACAAAAGGGCAGCUUGUAACUGAAGCGGACAAGAAAGCAGCCAUCGAAGGUUAUCUCAAAACGGAACGUGGCUUGAAUUUAAGCGUCCUAGGGUGUCUGUCAUACCCUGGAUUGUCUACCACGAAGAAAAUGCAGCAGUGGUGUGAAAAGUUCAAAAGCGGAAGCGAGGUCGCCCGUCUCUGCAGAGUCUCGAGCAGCUGGCUGCACAAUCGUCUUAAUCAGCUGCAAAGCAGCUGUACGGGAGAAGUUGCAGAAUGCCUGCAGCAGCUGCGACUCCCAUUAAUGCAGACAGCCCUUGUGGGCCUCAAUAGCAAUCGAGGUGGUGAAGACUUAUACACUCUCCGUCACCCGGAUCUUCCAAAAGUGCAGGCCUCUCUUCUAAAAAGCAAGCAUGAUGCUGUUACUCCCCUCUUUAGUAAAGUUUUCGGGGAUUCUUCGAGCGUGUCGGCAUACGGCAGAAUGAGAGUGGACAGCAUUGUUCGAGACAAAAAUGUGGACAACCUGCCCCCGAAAAGGCGACGCAGACUUUGGCUGACGCUUCUCAUCUACAUUCUUCUUGACAUGCGAAGUUCGCCACAGCUGGACCCAAUGUUGUUAGGACUCUUGCUACGAAUGACGACGAGCGGGUGCAAGAAGAAGGAGAAACGAAAACUCGAAUUAUCUGUCAGCGGCAAAAAAAUCAAAGUACCGGCGGGCGAUAUCAUGCUUGUGGCGUGGAGCGAGCUUCUGAAGAACAUGCUCAGUAUCGGAAAUUGUUCCUCCAACAGUUCCGACCACAACUGCGUUCUUCUGAAUAAGUACAUUGAGUGGAAACAACAAGUCGCCGAACAGCUGAAUAUGUUCUCAAAAGCGUUCGCAGGUGGCACGCCGCCUGUCCCCCAAGUUGUCGGACAUCAGGACGUUCAAGACCCGGGAGGCGAAGCAGUGCAAAAACUGGCUUCGCAGAUUCUCGGACGUGUUGAAAACGCAUUGUUUUUUGCGAAUUCAAUGAUGAGGAUGAAAUUCAAGUGGGUGCUCAAUUUUCUGGGUAAGCACAAAUCACUGCGCAAACUGGUUAUCAAGUUAGCCAAGAGCGUGAUGAGUAAAUUAUUUGGCGUCCGCGGAAUAAGCCAACAGGCUCACAAGAAAGCGGAAAAGCUGAAGCUUGUGCCGGGGGUCAAUCAUGGCCUCACACUAUUCUAUGGGGUACAGAAGGAUGCCGAGGUCUUUAUUCUGACAAGUAAAGCGAAUAUGGCGAGACUGAUGGGUCAGUUGGUAAAAAGGUCACUCAAAGACCUGUGGGGUAUAGCCGGCAAGAUAGGGUCUCAAGAAGGACUGUCACUGAUACAGAAUCAAGAUGCGUUUCAUACAGGCGUAAGCCACUGUCAGAAAAGCAAAUGGCGAAACAAUUCCAGCUUGCCAGUGGAUCGGCAGGAUUAUGGAGCUUCUCGUCGAUUACUUGUCAAAUCAAAACACGAGCGUGUGUUUCCCUCAACGCCUAGAGGCGGGCAAGCUGGUGAGGUUUCCCUAUUGCAAACUAGGACAAUGGACCCCAAGUUUCAGCAGAUGCUUCUAGGAGCUGGGGUCGGACUAUUUCUCUUCGGGCUCUACGGCCUUUUAUCAGGAGGAAUUUCUAUAGUCAUACCAGUCAUAUUUAUUGUCGCUGGCAUCCUUGUUAGCUUGGUGACCGUCAUUGUCUCUCUAGUGGAGGCGGGCAUCCUUCCGGGGGCCACCAGAGGCAGGGCGGCGGGGGCAGUGGAGCCUAACAGUCGUAGGAGGCGAACUGCUGCACCAGAGGACAGCGAAAACGCGUUGGAGGAGAGAACGCCUGCAGAGUGGGGCGACGAAGGCUAA